CGCGUCGCCGAUGAGAACAGACUGGCUGAAAAGGGUUACCGGGGGUUGGUUCGUCCUCGGCUGCAUUAUAGCUGGAGCUGCCGUAGCUGCACAUACACACACACACACACACACACACACACUAAAGCUUUCCUUCUCUCCCUCACUGCAGCUCCCACCGACGCCAAGUCUACUGAAUGGUGUGGAGCCAUUUCUUGUGUUUUUGCACACAUCGGGGUCGGUGGCCCGUCUACAUAAGGGGAUUUAAAACGGACGUACUUCCAAUUUUCACCGGUCUACGUCGAGCCGUGUCGAGAUGAUGCUCUGAGGAGAAAAACUGCACAGGCUCCCCGGUUGUGUUCAUCCUGAGGCUGCAGUGAACGGAGGGGAGGGGGGGUUGCGGUACAAUAAUCAGCAUCAAUAAAGGUCUUCUCUCUGUGAACGGGGACCGACUUUACAAAGGUGAUUCUUGCCCCUGUGCGGGGGGAUCGGCGGAGAAAUAGAUCUAUAAAAAUUAUGGCCACCCUACUGCGGAAGAUCGGUCUGAUCCGCCUGCACGACCGAGACACCGAGGACCCGAAGCACCAUCAGGGCUCGCUAAAGGGGACCAAGGGGAACCAGAAAAACAACGCCAACAAACACUGUCAGACCGCCAACGAGACCAACAUCCUGAGCACCCCGGAGAUUAAGGCCAGGAAGCUGGACCAGCUCGGCAAGGACAAGCCGUCCGGCAAAGAUAAGCAGGGCAAAGAUGUUGCAAAGGAGAAGCAGCAGACGGGGGGAAGCGGGAGUAAAGCGACCAGUGCCUCCUCGAUACCACCGCUGGCGCCUCACCGGCAACACUGCACCCAGGUCCGGACGCGGAGGCUGAUGAAGGAGCUACAGGAGAUCCGGAGGUUAGGGGACAACUUCAUCACGGUGGAGCUGGUAGAGGACAACCUGUAUGACUGGAACGUCAAGCUGCACCAGGUGGACAAGGACUCGGCGCUGUGGCAGGACAUGAAGGAGACCAGCACCGAGUUCAUACUGCUAAACGUCACCUUUCCCGACAAUUUCCCCUUCUCGCCGCCGUUUAUGCGGGUCCUGACGCCCCGGUUGGAGAACGGCUACGUGCUGGACGGAGGGGCCAUAUGCAUGGAGCUGUUGACCCCCCGCGGAUGGUCCAGCGCCUACACGGUGGAGGCAGUCAUGAGGCAGUUUGCGGCCAGCCUCGUAAAAGGACAGGGGCGUAUAUGUAGGAAAGCAGGGAAGUCUAAGAAAGCCUUCAGCCGCAAGGAAGCCGAGGCCACCUUCAAGUCCCUGGUGAAGACCCACGAGAAGUACGGCUGGGUGUCCCCGCCCGUGUCCGACGGCUGAGUGCUCCGCCGCCGACCCUCUGACCCCCACGCUAGCCCAGCUAGCACUGACACGCUAAACGGCACACCACGCUAACUCAACAAUCUCCCAUCUUCACCGUUUGCUGUUUUGACUCAGUUUUGUUUCUGUGUGUCUGUGUUAUUAUUAUUUUUUUCGGAUUUGGUUUUUAUCUCCACCAAAACUCUCGGAGAGCAGACGCAACGCCAUCACCGUCACUCCUCCACCAAGAAAGAGACUUUUGUUUCCCCUCCCUCUCUCCCACGGAGAUUCUUUCCCCCAUUUUGGAAAGACCUGAGAGGAAGGUGUGUAUGUUUGUGUGUGUGUUUGUUUGUCACUCACUUAGGUAUCAGCUGGUGAGUGUGUGCGCGUGCAUUGGCGAAUGCGUUACUAUCGUGGAUAUCUUUUUCUGAUUUUUUUUUUGUCGUAACGCACACCCAUGAACGUACAGGAUAAAUCGGACAGCGUGGACUUUUCCACCCAUGUGAAAGACUACUGAAUGAAGACUUAUCCCACUCUCCUGUCCUCGCCAUCCCAUCCUCUCCCUCUCUCCCCAUCCCUCUCUCCCGUCUUCUCUACAGCACUGAACUGGCAUCCCCUUCCCGCCAUCUCUCUCUGUAGCUGUCGGGUCAUUUGCAUAUAAAUGAAGCUGUUAAUGUUUAAUAGACGGACAGCGUGCUGGCAUUUAUACUCACUCAUUUACUCCUUCAUUUCCCCUUUCUUUCGACUGUGCCGUUGCUCACAGUUCAAUGCAACACGAUUGUAAUUUACAUGGAGCUGUGCUCUUUCUCUCUCUCUUUCCUUAGCUCGCUCAUUCACUUUGUUUCUCAUUCUUUCUCUCCGUCUCCUGUGGCUACAUUUAGAGCUCACUGUCGCUUAGAUGGAUAUUGAUUUCUAAUUGAGAAAUUAAAAAGUCACACGUUGCUUUA